AGGAGGAGGAGGAGGAGGACUAGCGGUAGGAGUAGUAGUGGCACAGUUCUGGUCAAUAGUGGGUGAGGUGUGUUGGCGGUUAGUGUUGGUGUGGCAGUGGUGGUAGUGGUGCGGCGGUGGUGAUGGCGUGCGUCAGGGUGGUGGCUUUGGUGGUGGUGGUGACGCUAUCGGGCAGGUGGGGGUGUCAAGGGGAGGUGCUGGCCGUCCCCCACAUGAUGGAUCCCCUGCAGAAGUCCCUCCAACGGUUCGGCAACAUAAGUAAGAUGGGGGCGAUGUUACCUCGUCUCGGCGCCACUGUCAGGACGUCAACAACGCGAGGAGGUGGGGAGCGGCUGGAAGUGGAGAGCACGCAGCAGCUAAGCUCCCUCUCCGCUGUGCUCGACUGUAAACAAAACCUUCGCUCUGGACGACGGGCAGGUGGCGCUCCUCUACUCCCGAUCUGACUUGUACAGGUACACGUGCAGACAGAAGUUCACGGCCAUUAACCUGGACAGCAAGUUGGAGUUUGCCUGUCACAGUCUGAGUCUCAAGUUUAAUUGUUUCCUGGAGGCGCUCAAGGUGACGGUGGACGGCGAGGAGGAGGUCUACUGCAGUAACGACGUGGUGCCGGCAAGGAAGGGCAAAGAGGUGGAGGUGGAGUACGUGCGCAAGAUCGGAGGCAUUAACGGCAUGUAUGUGUGCACGGUGACGGCGGAGAUGACGCUGCCCUCGCGGCUCACCGAGAACCCGUGCGGCGUCACCUCCAGCAUGGAAAACGGGGUGCGGGUUGGCGCGGCGCCCCCCGUACUGCGUGUGGUGGGCGGCCAGGACGCGAGCCAGGGGGAGUACCCGUGGAUGGCGUUCCUCAUCAUGCAGGCUGGGAAGUACAGGUUCAGCUGCGGCGGCACUCUCAUCAGCAGCACCCACGUCCUCUCCGCCGCCCAUUGCUUCGAUGGAGAAAUCGUGGAGACAAUCGAGGUUGGUCUGGGGAACGUGCACCGGGUGAUGGUGGGCGGCUCGGCUCCCUGGACGUGGUUCCUGACUUCCAACUUCAAGAUACACCCUGAUUACAGCUCGGACACCAUCCACAACGACCUGGCGCUGGUCAUCCUCGACAGCCCCGUCACUUUCACCGACUUCAUUCGCCCCGCCUGCCUCCCCACCGCCGACCGCAACCUGGAGGGCGCCACGCUCACAGCAACUGGAUGGGGGCUAACGGACUACGAUGACGCCGGUGGGGAACUGCCCAUCGUGCUGCAGGAGGUGGAGCUGACGGCAUGGAACAAUGCGGAAUGUCAGGACGUGUGGAGGAACAUAAUGAGUAGCCACGUGCUGCUAAACUCCCAGCUGUGCGCCUCCAGACCUGGCAAGGACACCUGUAGCGGCGACUCCGGAGGCCCCCUGCUACUCAAGGCGGACGGACGGUGGACAGUGGUUGGCGUCACAUCCUACGGGUACAAGUGUGCGGAGAUUGGCAAGCCCGGGGUGUACACGAGGGUCUCCAAAUACCUCUCCUGGAUCAACUGCCUCAUCCAGGGCGACGAAUGCGAAGAAGGGUGAGAC